UAAACUUCCGCCACCGUGUGUUGACGCGCGGUAUCCCCUGACAACCGUCUGGAGAAAACAGGGAUAUUUUCUCUGAACUUUACUCUUCACCUCUGGGCAGACAGACGCGGCCAGCCAUGUCUACCAAGGCUACCACCCCUAACAAGCCUCGGAUGCUGAGGGUUUCUGACUUACGCCGGGAGCUCCAGAGCCUUCUCCUGGGAGCAGAGAUGGCCCACAAGGCUGACAUCCAAACAUACAGCUGUGGCCACCUGAGCCCUUAUGCCCUGAGCCAGACCCAGCCCCACCGGAGGAGGACAGAGGAACCAAUCUGGGAGAUGUCUGAGGACAGGGAGAAGGAUGAGGAGGAAGGCCUGAGUCCCAGUCCUUUUACGCAACGCCUCCAGAGAGAAACCAAGAUGGCCGCCAACAUCGAGAAGAUGACGGAAGCCAUGUUUGACUUCACUGUCGCCAAGGGGCUAAAACCUACAGUCUUGAAGCCUGGGCAGCAUGAGAGCCUUACUGACACACAGAGAGGAACGAAGGGAGAGGAGGGAGAAGAAAGAGAGAGGAGGAAAACAAGUCUCAAGAUGGUUCUGGACACCUCUGAGCUCUUCCUGGUCAAACCCAGCAUAGCAUCACGGACCAAACCUCCUGGAGGUGUUGAGGGGAACCAGAACAGGUACUGGUUCACUCAGUCUCACCUGGGGGGCCUGACCAAGAAGGACCAGAUGAGGAUGAUGAGACACUUUGACAGACAGGUGUUGAGGAAGCAGGACCUCAGGGACAGGAACUGGAUCAGCGGGAACAAGGCUGCUGAGGUCUACGAGUGGAAGCUAGAGAAGGAGCUGAGGAGGCUGUCAGACCAGAGCUGGCCCAGUAGAGACCGCCUGGGGGUGUUCAGUGACGUCUUCAACAAUGUCUGUGAAGGCUCGCCAGUAUUCAGAGACAUCCUCAGGGAAAUCAAGACAGACUAUGAUCUGUACCUCAACUCUAUUCUGGACUCCCAGACAUCUCUCGAGGACUUGUCUGAGCUGGCUCCGCUGGGUGGUCUGGCCCUCGUAGGGGCAGAGGAUCUGGAGGAAGCUGGGAAGGAGGUGUCCCGGCUGGGAGAGGAGGCGCAGAGGGCCCUGGAGGAGAAUGACAGAGUCAGGAAUCAGUUUCAGAACGCACGUGACAGAGUCAUGGAAAUCCCAGAGGAUAAAGGGAUCCGUAAGGAGGCCACCCGUAAGGAGGCCACCCUGCCAGGUCUGAUGAGGCCAGGUGAAGAGGCUGUCUCCUUUAUAGAUCGUGUCCAGCCUAAGAGACGUCAGGUGUGGAUCAUGUGGGAGGAGGUCCAGCUGCUACAGAAGGAACUCAAGGAGAAGAUGGUGUCCAUCAUCACCACGGGAGCUACAGAGAGAUGCAUCAGAGACUCUAAGGGAGAGAUCAUGAGACUACUGGCCUCAAAUGAACGCUUCAGAAACACCAACAAGGAUCUGGAAAGCAACCUCAAUAUGAUCCUGAACAGAGUGAAAGCAAGCAAGGAUGUGAAAGCGGAGGUGUGGGACAAAAUAUGGACCGCCCUGCUACACGAGGAAGCUACAACGCAACCACUAGUAAAUUAGUAGCGUUUGGAACAGUACCUCAUUCUGUCCACUAGGGGGUAGUCUUUAACAAGCUGAUCUGAAGACCAUUACUAGACAUUCUGGAAGACGGGAUAUUUACUCAUUCGCCAAGCUUCACAUCACUUUUCAUAAUUGUUAUUCAAGCUGACAUUAAAAUAUCUCCGAUGGUAACAGAAGUACAAUGGCAUUAGUUACAACAGCAAUGACCACACAUUGAAAUGGAGUCCUUACCAGAGUCAAUGGUGCUGUAAUGACGCCAUUGAAAUAUCUUAUUUGACUUAUCAGACUAUUUAAUAGUGUUUUAACAAUAAAGAUAUAAUUGAGGCUUUUGUUAAAUGUGGUGAUGAUUAUAGUAAAUAUGGCUGUGAUGUCAUACUAGCAAACCAUACAACCGCCGGUCCAAAUAAAUAGUGACGUGAUUUUA